AUGUCUCUUAACCCUGAGCCUUCGGCGCCAGAGGAGCGCGCGGAGCACAACCUGCCGCCCAAGUCGUAUGCUGACGCUGCCGAAGAGGCUCUCCAGUCGGGCCCACAAUCACAUGUCAACGGCGAGGGCAGGACUGACGAGGUAAAGACCAAUGGCAUCCAUGCUGCCGAGGACGAGGAAAAGACGUCGCACGAAGGCAUUGGCCAGGAUGGCUCUCCAAAAAGCCCAACAGCGCGAGGCCAUCGCCGGGUGUCGUCGCGCAGCUCCCACAAAUCAUCUAAAAGCACCCAAGAUAACCAGCCGCCCAAAGACAUGAUUGAGAAUCAUAUCAAUGGUAAUGGCAAUGCGCUAACCACUGUGAAACCUUCACAGGAGAGCGAGCUCCCCCCGCAAGGCCGACGAACCGACCUCAAGCGCAGAGAUUCGGAGCUCACGGCGGGACGGCAGGCCGGCGCAUCAUGGUCAAAGAGCAAUGCUGACGACUCCAGAAUACGGUUUGCCCCCAUGAAUGUACCCUUGCAACGCCGUCUGCAGACCCUCGCUGUGCUCAUGCACACGCUCAGCAUUGUCGGAAGUCUCGCCAUCUUCUUCUUCCUCUGCAGCAUACCACUGCUCUGGCCCAUCCUACUCCCAUACACUGUCUACGUCCUCUUCUCGGAUGCUGGCACUUCCGGAGAGCUUUCCCUUCGGAGUGAAUGGUUCCGACGACUCCCCGUCUGGUCGCUCUUUGCAUCCUACUUCCCCGCCCGUCUUCACCGGUCACAGGAGCUGGAACCAACGAGAAAGUAUAUUUUCGGCUAUCAUCCGCACGGUAUCAUCUCACACGGCGCCUUUGCCGCUUUUGCCACGGAAGCCCUGGGCUUCUCCCAGCUGUUUCCUGGUAUUACAAAUACCUUGUUGACUCUCGACUCAAACUUCCGCUACCCCAUCUACCGCGAGUAUGCGCUCCGUCUUGGCAUGGCCUCCGUGUCUCGUGAGUCUUGCGAGAACAUCCUGUCCAAGGGCGGCCAGAAUGGCGAAGGCAUGGGUCGUGCCAUUACCAUUGUCGUUGGUGGUGCUGCCGAAUCCCUCGACGCCCGCCCUGGUGAAAUCAAGCUAGUCCUCCGUCGUCGCAAAGGCUUUGUAAAGCUGGCCAUUCGUACUGGCGCUGACCUUGUCCCGGUCCUGUCCUUUGGCGAGAACGACAUUUACGACCAAGUCGACACCGAGUCCCAUCCGUACAUCCACAAGUUUCAACUGCUAGUCAAGAAAUUUAUGGGUUUUACCGUGCCCAUCUUCCACGCUCGCGGUGUUUUCAACUACGACGUGGGUAUGAUGCCGUAUCGUCGACCAAUCAACAUUGUUGUUGGACGUCCAAUCAGGGUCGUGCAGAAUGAACAUCCUAACAACGACUACAUUGACCAAGUGCACCAGCAGUAUGUCGAUGAGCUGAUGCGUAUAUGGAACGAGCAUAAGGAUACCUUCGCCAGGAAUAGGACUGGCGAGCUGGAGCUCGUCGAGUAG